AUGACAGACGCCGUAAUAUGGGAGUACACUAGUGCAGCAAUACGUUUUGACAACGUAAACAACACUUACAAUUAUGCGAAACACUCUCGCUAUGAUGAGAUGUAUCAUCCAUAUCUGGGAUCAUUCAGAGAACGAAGAAUGUUUACUACACUAGCGCCAAGCCUCUGUAUCCCGAAAAGAAAUCGUUCUUGUUCGUAUGAACUGGUGCCGCACAAGGCUUACAGACCGAAGCAAGGCGAGUGGCUUGUCGAACGCGAUAGAACGUGGGUUAAAGAAGAAGCAUUAAAAAAGAUUACUGUGGUUGUGGUGAACUACUUCCGAUAUUGGCGUGGACGAGCCUGCGGCCUCGACUACAUUGCUCCGUUCCUACACCCUCCUGACUAUCGGCCUGCUGAGGAUCGUCGUUAUCACCGUAUUUUCUGGGCUCCAGAAUUUCUCUCGAUCACACCGUCAUGUCGACAUGCGGCUGGUUUCAUGCUUACUGCCUACUAG